UGAGAAGCUUGCCGUGGAUAUUUUGACUUCCAUGACGGACAUUAAAACAAAAACAUGCAUUAAAUUACGUGUUUUUGUUCAUGCUGGAUUAAAUCACACUCUUGUGGACGGUUUUUUGGUCUUUAUUUUGAUUUUAUUAUUCAAGACGACGUGCUUGUUUGCUUAAAAGGGCAACGGAGACGCGCGUGUGGGGCCCACUGUCAAACAAGCGUGUAUGACGAGUGCGUUUAUUUGUUCCCUUCAUCAUGGCAUCGAAUAAAGAGGCUCAGCGUAGGCAGCGGCGUCGGGAGCUGGACGCCAGAAGGAAUAAGUUUCGUGUGAGACUGGGCUCAUGGCCGGAGAGCUGGAGUAAACUGAAGGAGCAGCUGGGUUUCUCUCUCCACUCAGAGCUUGCGCAGUUCCUCCUGGACAGUUUCAACAAAGUGUGCAGCACGUGUUCAGGUGAUGGGAAGGAAGUAAUCUCAGUAUCUGUGGCUUCUCUGGAUCAGCUGGUCCUGCUGGUCCACAGUCACGGACAGCAGUGCCCUUUGACCCCGAGCCUGCACUCUGACCCACACAGACAGGAAGUGAAGGAGAAGAGAGCACUGGAGGAAGAUCCUGAAACGUCCCUGAGGUCUUCUGAAGCAAACGAAGCAGAAAUGUGCCUUAAGUACGUAUGUGAAGUUGGACACAUGAUCACAUGGCAUCCAAAACACACCGAGGGGGACGAUAACGGAGAGAAGAGUGAAGAAGGAAGCGCUGCUCCUUCAGGACAGAGGAAGAUCAGAGAACGACGGAGGAAAGGAGUGAAACGGGAGGAGGUGUGCAGGACGAGGAGAAGGAGAGGAAAAUCGGGCUGUAAUGGAAACAUUGCUGGAUUCGGACAGAGCGAUGAGACGGAGCAAGUCGCCCCAUCCGUCUCAGGAGAGAAUAAGGAAGCAGAAUAUGUGUGUCACAGCGAUGCAGUGGAGCACAAACAGGAUGCAGGUUUACAGGAAGGAAGUGAUGCGGCUUUUCUCACCUUGCCCUCAGAGUUCAGCGCAGAGACCGAGCCUGAGGAGUGUCAAAAUAUCAGAGAUGAAAUCCAGAACUUGAAAAGCAGGGAUGGUGGAUGGGAUGCGAUACCAAACUCAACCACGAGGGAGCGUGAGAGGAGAGAAGAUGCUCCUCCUGAGACGGGCAGAACCGAGGAACCGAGGAGGAGAGCGAGAAGAAAAACCAACAGACAACCUUCAGAGAACGACGAGGUUUUGCAGAUCAGCGGCAAAAGGAAAAGAAAACCAACUCCAAAGCUCAUUUUACCCUGCGAGUUUGAUGGAUGCUGGAAAAUAUUUUCCAGCCGUCAGCAUCUCAACCACCACAUGAAGUACCAGCACUUCCAGCCGAAGACCUUCGCUUGCUCCGAUCCCUCCUGCGGAAAAUCGUUCAACUUUAAGAAGCACCUUAAAGAGCACGAGAAGCUGCACAGCGAUCAGAGAGACUACAUCUGUGAGUUCUGUGCCCGUGGCUUCCGCACCAGCAGCAACCUGAGCAUCCACCGCAGAAUCCACACAGGAGAGAAACCACUGCAGUGCGAGGUGUGUGGCUUCACCUGCCGUCAGAAGGCUUCUCUGAAUUGGCACAUGCGUAAACACGACGCCGAACGUGGCUACCGGUUUGCGUGCGAAAUCUGCGGCCGCCGCUUUGAGAAGAGGGACAACGUGACCGCUCAUCGGAGUAAAAGUCACCCUGAUCAUGUGACCUCUGACCUUUCUAAAGAGCCUACAGCCAAUGACUUUUGACCUACUUGAAGCUGGAGUUCUAAUUUAAGCUUGUGCCAAUAUUAAACAUUCACGUCACGAUUAUUCCCGAACUCUUAUCACUGUUUACAAAUUUCAGUUGCAACACAAAAAUCGCCUUCCUCUUUUUCUGACUCGGCACCAUUCCUGGUGUUGCCUUUUAAGGAAAGUGGGCGGAGCAUAGCUCAAAUCAAAGCCCAUCUAAUCCAUUUCAUUGCAGUAUUAAAAUUAUGAAUUCACUUUUUUCUGUCACGUAUAUAAAAUUCUGUGAUUGUUAUAAGUUUAAAAAGUACAAACUGCGAUUUAUAUUGUAUAUAUGAUUAGCGUCACAUGACCUCCUGCACUGCCGCACCAUUACACGAGGGGUGACUUUGGCUCCUGGCCUAAAGAUACAUCGAAGCCCCGUGAUAAGAUGACUCACUACCUCCAAAACGAUCAGUAUACCAUGAACAGAGCGUUCUCACUCGGUUAACAGAAAUAGUAUAGCGUCACAUACUCCACAUUCCACAACACCCCCCCAAUCCAACACGCUAUUCAAGGACAAAAAUUAUUCUGUAGGUUACAGUUUUUCCAGUCUUUGGUAUUUGUACCAGAUUUGCCUUAAAAUGGGAUCAGUCUUAAUAAAAAUGUUUGGCUCGUCCAGUGGCGGCUCCAGAGAUUUUUCCUUAGGGUGGCAAAGGAGGGCAUAGGUUCCAGGAGGGGGGCAUGGGUUGUCGAUGCAGAAGUUUAUGCAAAUCGUAGAAAUAAUUUUUACUUAUGCUCAAGAAAGACUCACAAUCAAGUCAUCUUGUCAAAUAUGUAUUGAGCUAUUGUACCAUCAGGGAAAACGGAUUCAACCAUCUAAACCAUCUUUUCUGAAAGUAUAUUCCCAAGCAAUGAAUGGAACUAUUCUGCCCUAGCGAUGUAUCAAAAAAUAAACAGAUAGCGAACGGUUUAGAUUGUGGAUCUUACUGAAGACUUCAAACUCAUACAGAUGUGUUUAUCCUCGAUUUCCGUAAAACUAAAAGAAACAAAUUAAGUAUAUCCCUAAACUGAAUAGCACACAGGCGAAAACGCGAGCUAGGCUGACCUGCUAGUAAUGGCACGGUUCCGCUAUCCCAACAUUUUAGCUGUAUUCAGCAGGUGGCGCUGUGAUCAGUCCUCCACUUCCGGGUCGUUCCCAGCCAAAACAAUACUCACUGUGACAUUGGUUUGUAUAACGUUUCGCUGAAAUAAGAUAGAAUUAAUAAAUUUUAUUCAUGUUUAACUGGAAUAGCCGCUUAUAAAAUGUUGUCAAAUGUACAAAUACGUGAAUUAUCAC